AUGUUGCUGGUGCCGGCGGCCCAGUUCGUCAUGGGCGCUUGUGCCAGCAGAUGCAGUGCCCUCGUCGACUCGCUGGACCUCGAGGACACCACUGUCUGGUUCUCCAGUCACGUCGCUGCCGGCACGAACCUUACGUUCCCGGGGAACCAUCCGACCUGUACCCGCGCCAGCCAGGUUGUUGACGUUGACAUCUGCCGUGUCUCCAUGCUCACGACCACUGGACCGACGAGUAACACGAGCAUCGAGGUCUGGUUGCCAGCCAACUGGACUGGUCGCUUCCUGAGCACCGGCAAUGGUGGCACGGGCGGAUGUAUCCAGUAUGAGGACAUCAACUACGCCGUGUCGCGGGGCUUCGCCGCCGUCGGCACGAACAACGGCCACAACGGCACCAUUGGCGAACCCUUCCUCAACAACCCGGGCGUCAUUGAGGAUUUCGCCUACCGGGCCCUCCAUCUGGGUGUCGUUCUCGGCAAGCAGGGCUUCAAGGAGGCACAGGACUUCCCCGAAGACUUUGACGGCAUCGUUGCCGGUGCCCCCGCUUUCGCGUUCACAAACCUCACGUCGUGGAGCGGCAGCUUCUUCACCAAAACUGGGCCGCCAGGCUCCCCCACGUUCCUGACGACCGAGCAGUGGAAUGCCGUGUGGCAGAAUAUCCUGGUGCAAUGCGACGGCCUCGACGGCCAGGUUGACGGCAUUCUCGAGGAUCCGGACCUCUGCCAGUACCGGCCCGAGGCCCUUAUCUGCGGCGCCAACACGACGGGCACCUGCCUCACGGGCACCCAAGCGCAGACGGUGCGCGCCGUCUUCUCGGACCUGCACGGCAUCGACGGCUCCCUCGUCUAUCCGCGCAUGCAGCCGAGCCCGCAGCUGGGCCUGCUCCUCGGCGGCCGGCCCUUCCCCUACACGAACGACUGGUUCCGCAACGUCGUCUACAACGACAGCAACUGGGACGCGGCGACGCUGGGGCCGGCCGAUUACGCCGCGGCCGCCAAGCAGAACCCCUUCAACAUCGCCACGUGGGAGGGCGACCUGUCGGGCGUGCGCGACCGCGGCGCCCGCAUCCUGCACUACCACGGCCUCCAGGACCCCAUCAUCUCGAGCGACAACUCGGCGCGCUACUACAACCACGUCUCGCGCACCAUGGGCCUCACGUCGGCCGCGCUCGACGAGUUUUACCGCUACUUCCGCAUCUCGGGCCUGAACCACUGCGCCGGCGGGCCGGGCGCCACAUUCAUCGGCAACAGGGCCGUGGCCGUUGCUGGGGACGAGCCAGAGCGCAACGUGCUGUCGGCCAUUGUGCGGUGGGUCGAGGAGGACAUUGCGCCCGACCACAUCCUUGGCACGGCGUACAUCAACGGGACCAAGACUGCGGGCGUGAAUUUUGAGAGGAAGCACUGCAAGUACCCAGCGCGGAACGUGUACCGAUCUGGGGAUCCCAAGCUGGCGGACAGCUGGGCGUGUGUUUGA